CUCACACAGGUCACAUGAUGGUGACAUCACACAGGUCCUUCAUCCUCUUCUCACACAGGUCACAUGAUGGUGACAUCACACAGGUCCUUCCUCCUCUCCUCACACAGGUCACAUGAUGGUGACAUCACACAGGUCCUGUGCUCCUCCUGAUGCCUGCAGGUCCUGUGUGUGUUGGAGAUUCCUUAUUCUCUGGACCUUGUAUACAGAGGAGAUAGAGAUAUAUAUAUGUGACAGUCACUGCUGAGCUGCGUUACAUUGUGUUGGUGCAGUGUUAGCUCCGCCCCAUAUGACUGUAUUACACAUGUAUGUCGGUGACUGCGGCUGUAGCGGUGUUGGCGGUUGUAUUGUCCUCCAUGGGAUAUAACCAGUGUUAUCCGCCAUUACUAAUACACCCCAGUUGUCUCCUCUUCCCCUGAAUGACCCCAAGGAUGGAGAAGGACAGGAAUGAGAUGACUAAGAGAAUAUUACACUUCACCUUGGAGAUCCUCCACCUGCUGACCGGAGAGGAAUAUACCAUAGUGAAGAAGACAUCGGGGGAGUGUGUGGCCCCCAGCAGCCAUCUCCAUAAGUCAGGAGGACAGAGCAGGGCCCGGGGCCCCAUCACGGAGCCUCCAUCUCACUCACUGCUACAUGAGGAGAAGAUCCUAGAACUCAUCCACAGGAUCACUGAGCUGCUUACUAGAGAGGUUCCUAUAAGGUGUCAGGAUGUGGCGGUCUAUUUCUCCAUGGAGGAGUGGGAGUAUGUAGAAGGACACAAGGAUCUGUACCAGGACAUAGUCAUGAUGGAGGAUCACCGGCCCCUCACACCACAAGAUGGAGUCAUUGAUAGAAAUUCACCCGAGAGGUGUCCCCGCCCUCUGGAUUCCCAAGACUGUCCAGAGAGAAAUGUCUCAGAGAACCAUCAGGGUGAAGAUCUGAUGGAUAUUAAGGUUGAGGUUAUAGAUGACGAAGAGGAAGAAACGGGUGUCAUGGCCGAUCAGCAGUAUGCCAUCAGAAAUCCACCCGAGAGGUGUCCCCGCCCUCUGUAUUCCCAGGACUGUCCGGAGGGAAAUGUCCCAGAGAAGCAUCAGGGUGAAGAUCUGAUGGAUAUUAAAGUUGAGGUUAUAGAUGAUGAAGAAGAGGAAACGGAUUUCAGGGCCAAUCAGCAGCAUGGAUAUAGAGGAGGUGAUGUAUUCAUUCCCUGUGUGUUCCCUACAGAUGGAGUCAUGGAUAGAAAUCCACCCGAGAGGUGUCCCCGCCCUCUGUAUUCCCAGUACUGUCCAGAGGGAAAUGUCCCAGAGAAGCAUCAGGGUGAAGAUCUGAUGGAUAUUAAGGUUGAGGUUAUAGAUGAAGAAGUGGAAGAGACGAGUGUCAUGGCCGAUCAGCAGGAUGGAUAUAGAGGAGGUGAUGUAUUCAUUCCCUGUGUGUUCCCUACAGAUGGAGUCAUUGAUAGAAAUCCACCCGAGAGGUGUCCCCGCCCUCUGUGUAAUGUAAUAAUUCCAGGAGGUGUUACCCCAGAACAUCCCAGUAAUAACUUUGAUGAAAACCUAUUAUCCCUGAAUUAUAAAGCCGAAGAUGAUGAUGAUGACGAUCUCGUGCCGCACUCUUCAGGAGACCUCCUCACCCUUAAUGAAGAUCCAGAAUGGUCCCAAAGAAAUGAAUGUGGGAAACAAUUUAUAAAAAGCUCAGGUCUUACACACAGAAGAAUUAAGAGACGACCAAAGCCGUAUACAUGCUUUCAGUGUGGGAAAUGUUUUGCCGGAAAAAAAACUUUUCUUAAGCAUCAACAAAAUCAUGGACGAAAGACGCCGUAUCCAUGUCCAGUAUGUGGGAAAUAUAUUUCAUUAAAAUCAAAUCUAGUAAAACAUUUGAGAAUUCACACAGGAGAAAAGCCGUAUUCGUGUUCAGUAUGUGGGAAAUGUUUUGCAAAUAAAUCAAAUCAUAUUACACAUGAGAGAAGUCACACAGAAGAUAAGCCAUUUCCAUGUUCAGAAUGUGGGAAACGUUUCAUAUCAAAACAACAUCUUGAAAAACAUGAGAGAACUCACACUGGGGAAAAGCCAUUUGCAUGUACAGAAUGUGGCAAAUGUUUUACAACAAAAACAAGUCUUGUGAAUCACGAGAGAGGUCACACCGAAGACAGACCGUAUCCAUGUUCAGAAUGUGGAAAAAGUUUUACAACAAACUCUCAUCUUGUAAAACACGUGAGAAUUCACACAGGAGAGAAACCGUAUCCAUGUUCAGAAUGUGGGAAAAGUUUUAUUACUAAAGACAGACUCAAGGUUCAUCAGAGAUUUCACACAGGAGAGAAACCAUUUACAUGUUCAGAAUGCGGGAAAUGUUUUACAUCUAAAUCAAAUCUUGUCAAACAUGAGAGAAGUCACUCAAUAGAUAAACAAUUUCCAUGUUUAGAUUGUGGGAAGUGUUUUUUAUCAAAAUCAAAUCUUGUUAUACACCAGAGAAUUCACACAGGAGAGAAGCCGUUUCCAUGUUCAGAAUGUGGAAAAGGUUUUUAUACUAAAGACAAACUCAGGGUCCAUGAGAGAAGUCACACAGGGGAGAAACCAUAUCCAUGUUCAGAAUGUGGGAAAUGUUUUACAUCAAAAUCACAUCUUGUAAGUCAUCAGAGAAUUCACUCAGGAGAGAAGCCUUAUUCAUGUUCACAAUGUGGAAAAGAUUUCUAUACUAAAGGCAAACUCAAUGUCCAUGAGAGAAAUCACACAGGGGAGAAACCAUAUACAUGUAUAGAAUGUGGGAAAAGUUAUACUUCACAUUCACAUCUUGUAAAUCAUAAGAGAAUUCAUACAGGAGAGAAGCCGUAUUCAUGUUCACAAUGUGGGAAAUAUUUCACAGAUAAAUCAAACUUUAGCAGACAUGAGAAAAGUCACAUGGCAGAAAAGCAAUUUAUAUGUUCAGAAUGUGGGAAAUGUUUUAUGACUGAAGCAAAACUCGAUGAUCAUCAUAGAAGGCAUACAGGAGAGAAACCAUAUAUAUGUACAGAAUGUGGGAAAUGUUUUCUAGAAAAAUCAAGUCUUGCUAGACAUGAGAGAAGUCACACAGGAGAAAAGCCGUUUCCAUGUUUACAAUGUGGGAAAUGUUUUCUAGAAAAAUCAAGCCUUGUUAUACAUGAGAGAAUUCACACAGGAGAGAAGCCAUUUUCAUGUUCAGACUGUGGAAAAUGUUUUACUGGUAAAUCUGGCCUUGCUAAACAUCAAAGAAAUCACACUGGAGAGAAGCCGUUUUCAUGUCCAGAAUGUGGGAAAUGUUUUUUAACUAAUAGCAAACUCAAGGCUCAUCAGAGAAGUCACACUGGGGAAAAACCAUAUUCUUGUUCAGAAUGUGGGAAAUGUUUUACAGAGAAAUCAAACCUUAUUAGACAUCAGAGAAAUCACACUGGGGAGAAGCCAUAUUCAUGUUCAGAAUGUGGAAAAUGUUUUACCGAUAAAUCAGGUGUUAUAAAACAUCAGAGAAUUCACACCGGGGAGAAGCCUUAUUCAUGUUAGGAAUGUAGGAAAUGCUGUAAGAGCAAACAAAAAAUCUUCGCCCAUCAGGUUAUUGUCGGAUAUUAUACAGACAGGAAGAGGUUUAUUAAUAUGGAAUUAUCUUGUAUCUGCUGAAAAUCCAAAUGAUAUUUACCGGAGGUCACCAGGACCGGAAUCCUGACAGUAUGGAAGCUUCUUGUUCUUUUAUUCAUAAACUCGAACUGCAGGAGAAUUCUGGGCGACAAACUGAAGAUCUAAGGAACCUCCCGUGUAACCUUUUUACUCACAUAUGUAUCAAUGGUUUGUUUUAAUUCAUACAGAAUAA